GCCUUGUACCGGGACAUGAUGGAGCCUGGUAAGCAGGCAGAAGCACUUGUGUGGGAUAAUGAUAUAUCAGCUCAUGCCCAGUCUGUUGCCAAGGCCAAAUAUGAAUUUUUGUUUGGCUUGGAAGAAGAGAAGCCUUCAGAAGUGGGUAGCGGCCAUGGAAGUAAUACUUUGCUGCCCCACACCAUCAUCAAUGAAUUUCCAGAGUACGGCACUAUGGAAGCAAGUAGAGAUGCACUAAGGACUCCAUCAAAGAGCCAGGCAGAGCCUGUGACAUGCAGUCCAGAAGGACGGGACCAUCACCACAUAUCUGACAGGCCUCCCCAGUCUGUGGCUUCUGCAGAUGAGCCGAGAGCUCAGGUUAAGGCAACGCACCUGCACACUGCAGAAGAAGGCUUGCAACCUGUGGGUAACUUGCCAGAGAAAAUGAAGAUUUCUCGACAGCUAGAAGCAACAAAGGUACAAGAGAGAGCAAAUACUUCUCUUGAUUCAGAGAUGCACAUGGAAAAAAAGAGUGUUCCUGGCCGCCAAAAUGUGCAGACAGCCAGAGAACCAGUUGCAACAGGCCAAGAAAAACCCUCAGACAUGCCUCUUCCAUCUGAACGAACAGCUGAGGAAAAAAUGCAUUUGAUCAUAGAGAAAGAUCUGGCUGCAACAUGGACCGGUGAAAAGCAGUCCGAGUCCUUGCAAGCCACCAGUAAUAAUGCUGAGGAGGUCCGCACAGCAGAGGAGAUGAGCUGUUGUAGACCAUCUGUGACAAACUUGGAAGCAGCCAGCAGAGUGGAGGGGUGGGAGCACUCUGAGGAGUUUUCAGCUUACAGUCAAGGCAAAACGCAAAUGGGUCCUGAGAGGAGGUUCUCUAAAGAGGCAGCUGUGAGCAAACAUGUAGAAUUUCAAGGGGUGGAAAUUUUAUGGCUGCAAAAAGCAGAGGACCAGAACAGAAAGAAGCAUUCGCUGCUGGAGACCACAUCUGUGGACAGGAAAGCAUUCCCCAAAACAUCUAGUCACUCUGUGCCACUGAUGGUUGGCCCCAGCUUGGUCACCUUGCCAGACAGUGCUAAGAGUGAGGUCUGGGAAGAGCCCAGAGUGGGAACUGCCCAUGGAGCUGCUCCUCUGGCACUGCUUGAUGAAAGUGGGGAGGAUGAAGUUUUUGUGAAGGACAAGAAGAACCACAGCAAGGAGGAGACUACUGUGCUAGCGAGAGGCCAUGGCAGGAUGAUGGAGGAGGGGGAAGCAGCCAUGGGAGGAUAUGAAGAUGUCCUUGGACAGAGGCAGUCUGAUGUCUCCACUGAUCUGUACAGCUCGCAGUUUGAAAACAUCCUAGACAAUGCCUCGUUAUACUAUAGCGUGGAGUCUUUGGAGACAUUGUACUCAGAGCCUGAUAGCUACUUCAGUUUUGAGAUGCCACUCACUCCAAUGAUCCAACAGCGUAUGAAGGAGGGCAGUCAGUUUUUGGAGCGGACUUCAGCCUCAGGACAGAUGGAUGUCUUUGAGCUUCCCCCUGAUGGGGAAGAGAAGAGCUGCUGUGAAGGGAUUGCCAAUGGCUUAAGGAAUGUAAGCGAAACACUCUUCAGAGGAGAUGUCACAGAAGUUCCUCAUUUGGGAAGCGAUGCUGGACUACAGAAUAUGGUGUUAGAUUCCAGUGCUGCUAUGGGGAGCAAUAAAGUUCAAGAGGAAGAUGCUGCUGGAGCCCUUGGCCAUGAUCUCAGCAAUGGCAGCAGCAGCAAUUUGGAAGCAGCCAGGCACCUAGCUAAACGCCUCUACCAUCUGGACAGAUUCAAGCGCUCUGAUGUGGCAAAGCAUUUGGGUAAAAACAAUGAAUUCAGCAAGCUUGUGGCCGAAGAAUACCUUAAGUUUUUUGAUUUCACAGGCAUGACGCUGGACUUCUCACUCAGGAGUUUCUUUAAAGCCUUUUCACUUAUUGGAGAAACUCAGGAACGAGAGAGAGUUUUAGUCCACUUUUCCAGCAGAUACUAUCAGUGUAACCCAAACACCAUUUCUUCUAAAGAUGGAGUUCACUGUCUCACGUGUGCCCUGAUGCUGCUAAACACUGACCUGCAUGGCCACAACAUUGGGAAAAAGAUGACCUGCCAAGAAUUCAUUGCUAACCUCCAGGGGAUGAACGAUGGUAAAGACUUCCAAAAAGGACUGCUGAAGGCCCUCUACAAUUCAAUCAAGAAUGAGAAGCUUGAAUGGGCAGUGGAUGAAGAAGAGAAAAAAAAACCUCAUUCAGAUGGUACAGAUGAAAAAGAUAAUGGCAACCAAACGAAGACUGUAAGUCGGAUUGGAAACUCUAACAACCCAUUCCUGGACAUCCCUCAUGACCCCAAUGCUGCUGUGUAUAAAACUGGAUUUCUGGCUCGGAAAAUCCAUGCAGAUAUGGAUGGAAAGAAAACUCCCUGGGGAAAGCGAGGCUGGAAAACCUUUUAUGCUGUGCUGAAGGGAACAGUCUUGUACUUGCAGAAGGAUGAAUACAAGCCAGAAAAGGCUUUGUCGGAGGAAGAUCUGAAGAAUGCAGUUAGUGUGCAUCAUGCACUGGCAUCCAAGGCAACAGACUAUGAAAAGAAACCCAAUGUCCUCAAGCUUAAAACAGCAGAUUGGAGGGUCCUGCUUUUUCAAGCCCAGAGCCAAGAAGAAAUGCAGACCUGGAUCAACAAGAUUAACUGUGUGGCAGCUGUCUUUUCUGCACCACCGUUUCCAGCAGCAAUUGGCUCCCAGAAGAAGUUCAGUCGCCCACUCCUGCCAGCCACCACAACAAAGCUAUCUCAGGAUGAACAGCUGAAAUCCCAUGAAGCUAAGCUGAAGCAGAUCUCCACUGAACUUGCUGAACAUCGCUCCUAUCCUCCUGACAAGAAGCUUAAAGGCAAGGAAGUAGAUGAUUACAAACUGAAGGACCACUAUCUGGAAUUUGAGAAAAAUCGCUAUGAGAUUUACAUUGGCCUCCUGAAAGAAGGGGUGAAGGAGCUGCUGAGCGGAGGAGAGAAUGAUGCGUCAGGACUGAAGAAAUCCCACUCGAGUACAUCGCUCAAUCAGGAGUCUCCAGUUAGUGCCAAGGUGAAACGCAGUGUCUCAGAGAGGAAGGACUACAGGCCAGAAACACCCAGCAUUAAGCAGAAGGUCACUUAGGGUGGAAAUGACAACUAGGGGAACAGCCAUGCAGCAAAGUACCGGUGGUCAAAUUUUUUCCAUUUAAUAACCUGUCAUACAUAAAAAUAAGUGCAUCUGCCUGAAUGGGGUGUUAGUGACAUUUUCUAUUGUAUAUUUUGCUGUUUCUGUGCAGAUUGUGGGAGAUGUCUUUGCUCCUGCUUUGCUUUGCUCUGUUAAUUUAUCAUUUAGCAAUUGAAGCAUCGGGACUUUUUUGUGUUCUGUUACUAAAGGAGCUGGGGGAAGGGUAGAGCGCUGUGACGUAUAUUCUGUCUCUUCCCCAUUUAUCUCCUCCCAUCGGCACGUGGCUUUCAUCUCUCAAGUCACUUGUCACUUUAUUUACGUGGUGGGUGGGAAAAAUAACUGGACAAAUGCUGCAGCUUUGCGAAUAUGAGCUGUAGCUGUGAGAAAUUUGUACAAACAGGCAGCUGCAGAGGGCUGGAUAGAGUCUAGGAUACUGGGAACAGUGGUUUCCUGACAGGGCAGAGCAUGUUGGUACUGGUAAUUAGCAAUGGGUGCUGUGGUAAAUAGCCACUGUUGCUUAUUGUUAUUGAAUUGACUCUGGACCCAUGAAUGCAAAGGACUGCAACCUGGAAAUCUCUGACAAUGCUGGGAUGACAGCAUUGGAAUCAUUUGUUUGCUUCUUUCCAAGCAAAAAGUCUUCUUCUGAGUUAGCAGGCUGAGGGAUGUCGAAACCUGUGCUGUCUCUGUGUUCAGGGAGAUGAGAAAUUACCAAGUUGGAAUGAACCACUGUGUUGUGGUGGUGGCUACUGUAGAUGUCAACCAUUAGCAGUGUGUUCUAAAGACAAAGGGCCUCUGUGUAGUUUUUAACUAUACACUCUCACUUAGCUGCUAUAUAGAGCCUUAUGAUACAUUGUCUCCUGAUGCUCCACUUUCCAGGAGUUUCCUUGUUGGUACGUGUGGAUGUAUGCAAUAUCUCUGACAGUGACAGAGUACUUUGCCCUUUCUCUUCAGGAAAGGGUUUUCCUCAGCAGUUGAUUUUUCUGUUUUAGCUGAUAUACAGGUCAGAGAGGCUGGGGCCAACUGGAGAAUGGCAUAGACCUGUUCUCACACAGGGCCAGGGUUUGAUGCUGUCCUGCCUACUCUGUGCUGGAGGCUGGCACAAGGCAGCGUGACUGACAGAUCUUACCCUUCACCUGCCAGUUGCCAGCUCACGUUGCAGUUCCAGCACAUCCUGUUUCAGGCUUUCAGAAGGAAGUAGAGGCUGGGGAGAGGCCACCACAGGUAGAGCUUUCCAUGCUUCAAAACUGUUUGGCCCACAGAUCCUUGCAGUAUUUGGCAGCCUUGAGUACAGAAAUGAUUCAAAAAUCACUUGUCUGCUUCCCAGCCUCUGUUGCCUUAUGGAAGCAAGAUCAGUGGUUUGCCUGGUACUGUACUCUGUGGGUUUUAAUGUCUGAUUUGACACUGUCUUGCUGGGUGAGCUCAGACAAGUCUUUCCCUCUUUGCCUCACCCUUUCCAUGUACAGAAUAGUAUAACCAUUCUGGCCCUUUCCACAAACCAUCCUGAGAGGUGAGUUUGAGGCCAGCUGAGAAAUGUUGAUCGCUGGUGUUUUUGCUAUGCCUGGCACAGGGCAGCCGUCCUGAUGGAUGUAAUUCUUAAUGUAUAGAGAAACGUCAAGAUCAAUGCAAGGACUGUUUAGAAAUGUGCUGUUAUUUUCAGCCCAAAUAAUGUAGGGUCACACAUCAAGAAAAAUUACCAUCUGAUUGGAUGUGCAUUCUGCCAGACUUCCCAAAGUGUCCAAGUCAAUUAGACUAACUUAUUGAACUGCUGGUUCCAUGGACAGAAAAGGGAACAAUUAAAGACUGAAGGACCUUAACAGGUGCCACUUGACUUCCCUCCCUGAGUGAGUACCACUGUGCUUUCCUAGUGUGCUCACUAUUGGCUGUAACUGAGAUGACAUGCCCUUAGAUGCUUCAACACCUCCUGGUGCUGAAGCACAUCAAUCCCUGCAGUUACAGCCUGGCAGCGAAACCAGAUGGGACCGAUUCCAUGUGUGAUGAUGCAUUUGCAAGACACAUGUGUGAUGUGCACAUUUGGCAUUUGCCACUGAGUGUGGUUGCUCCAUGCAAGGAGUCAGGAGGUCAGCGUCUAGCCCUGGCAAUGUCUGUAAAAACUGCAGUCCUGAAUAGAAACUGUCAGCGCUUGUUUAGUGCUAUGGCUGUAGAAGUUAUGUAUGUUUAUGGUAGAGCAUGUUUUUAGUCCUCUUGCUGAAGAAAGGGGAAAACUGAAAACUGGAGACGGAGGAACAGAGUGCAGCGUGCUGCACUGGGAGAUUCACUGUGUGACAAUGCGUAUUGGAGAGGAUUGUUUGUAUGUAUUGUAUCUGGUAGGUGAACAGCUCAUGGUGGAUGGGGGGGGGGGAGGAUCAAAGCCAGGAGGAGAUCCCUGCAGCUGUUUGUCAUACUCUGGUGGUUUAAAACAAACAGUAGAGAGGGAGGUAAUGCUGAGAAGGGAAAAAAGACAUAUGGGAGAUGCUGAAUGCUUAUUUGAGAAGAAAACUUGCCCAGCUGUAGAUAGUGGCAUUUCAUAGAAAGCAUGCAACAGAAAUAGAAAAAAGGCACAGGUUUGUAAAUGGGCCCUGCUUGACUUUCACAAUGGGGUUGUCUGGGUGAGCUUUUCAAACACAGCCUGGAAUAUGCACAGCAAACCUCUUGUGAAUACAGAGUGCAUAGCUUUAAAAGGUGAAGAGGCGACAUUUUAACAUCUUUUUUUUUUUUUUUUUUUUUUUUUUUUUCCCUGAGCUUUUAAGAUGUUGGCUGCUGUAGGCUGCGAUUAAAUUGCUGUGCUCAAAAAGAAAUGAUUCCUGUAAAAUGCAUUUCCCAGCUUUGACAGAGAAACUGGUUAAUUCCUUUUCAAAGUCGUUGCAGAGGAGAUGAUUUGAAGCAAUAGGAAAGACAAAAAGUGAACUGCAGAAAUGAUUUUUUUUUCAGUUUUUAUUAUUUAGUCUCCAUUUCCAGGUAUACUUGCAAGUGGGUUAGGGUGUAAGCUUUAAGUCUCAUCUGUGCUUAGCAAAUGCAGAUUUUCACUGUAUUUUUUAGUGAUUAAACAUUUGUUGAGCUUGGAGCACUCUUGGUGAGAUUGUUGAGGCGUGCAGAUUAGUUUGCUGAGAAUCUGUCAGGUUCUGCUUGAGUUUUAAUUAAUGUCAUUUUGCUCCAUUGCUUUACAAAUUCGAGGCAUCCCAGGCACCCAAGUGAAAAUGCACAUUUCAGAGGCCAAGAGAAAAAGGAGAUGCUGUCAUGUAAGCCUAAGCCUCCUGGACUCCCUUAGGAACAGGAUCAUCUACUAAGCAGUACUCAGUUGCUUGCUAUUCCCCCCUCCUCCCCCUCCCCUCUCCCCCAAUGCUAUUGUAAAGGAUGGACACAGACUCUCAGGGGGCAUCAGUGGUGUGUGUUGUUGGGUGGUACCACGGGAAGUCUGACUGGAUGGCUUUGCAUGGUAUCAGUGCCCUGCCUCUUUUUGCUGAAUGUUUGACCUCAGUGACUCAGGAGCUCCCAUUGUAAUAUCUAAGAGUGUUCUGCUGAGUUCCAGCCUUCCCCUGGGGCCCCUGCAUGCCUGGCUGCCCCCACCAUGCAUCUGAUCUCAGUAUGGCUUUCUGAUGAUGCUCAUUAUGAGCUGGAGUUACAUGGGGCUUGUUUUGUGCCCUGUUCAGCACAGGUGGAGCUAUGUCUAGAUGCUCAGUGUUAAGACACUGCAGCACCAGCUCCUUCAGCUGCAACUGACAGACCACCACAAGCGUGUGUGUGAGUGAGCAGCCCCCAAGGCAGCCUUUGCGUUGGUGCAUCCAGGGAGGCAUCGUUCUUCCUUGCUGCAGCGUGCCGCCUGGAAACCGUCGCUCAGGCAAAGCCUCUGCCCACGUCUUGAGAGGGGGAUGUGGAGAAGGGAGCAGGAUUGGGCCAGCAUCAUUCCCUGAAGCACUGCUGGCUGCUCACUUACGUGGGCUCCUCUCCUGGCUGACGGAGGAGCAGCAGGAAGGUUUGGACUGGGCCUGGACAUGACAGCAGAGAGGGGAGGGAGGGAAGGCAUCUUUGUGCUUCUCCCUCCUCUCCUGCAACCGGAGGCAAGAUACUCUCCCAAAGCUAAAAUCGCCCUCUCCUUUGUAAGGCAGGAGGAUGCUGAGAUUUUUGUCGGCAGUGCUGUGAAAGGAAAUCUCUGGGCCGGCUGUGUUUGUAUGCGUCUUGCAGAUAAAUCACGCAUGGACCAGUGAACAUGACUGCAGCUUUUUAAUCCAGUAUUUAUGUUGUGUCUUUAAUUGAUGUAGAGAGAUAAGUCAGCCAGCAGGGUGAUUAAUGUAGCAGAGCUGUGGGGGAACACUGUUCAGCUGUGACGCCAACUCAGACACUUUUUCAUCUAUAGCCAGCCACUUGUAAAUGGUUACCAGAAGCUUUCUAAGGGCUGUAACAGCUCAUCCCUUAAGUGCUUUCUCCUUCAUUCUGCCCACUCCCAGGAUGCUGCCUGUCCAAAUUUAGGGGCUCUUCUUGAGCGCAGUGUGCAGCAGAGCACCGCUUUGAGCAGGAGUUUGAGCUAACUGGCCUCCAGAGACUCUUCAUGACCUGGAUUGCACUGGUGCAUUCUUGUAUUGAGGCUGGUUGUCCAUCCAGCUUGAAGCAGCCAAGCUUUUGGCUCACUCCAAUGGGACUGGGCUCCCAGUUGAUGAUAGCAGUUGCUUUGGUGAGUAGGUGUCUGUGGCAGUGGAGAAAGUCAGUUGCAGCAUGGUUAUCAUUGCCUUUCUGGAGCAAUUGCACUGUGGUGUGCUUCUUGAAAGUGGAGAUGGCUUUUUUCUGCAGACGGCUUGUAGCUUACAGUGUCUACAUUCUCCAACCCUAAAUCAAUUUUGGCCUUAUCACAGUUAGUCUGACAGCUCCUCCUCCUUUCUGUCAAGCUGCUUCUGUCUGUCAUCUUAGCACCUCAGCUGCUUCUGUGUAACAGGUCUCUUUCCUUCCAUGCUUGCAGAAAUGUGGAAAAUUUGACUGUCCCAUCUUGCCUGGAGAAAACCUGCUCUGAAGCAGUGCUGCAUUGAAUAGAUAACCCUUUGAGCAGUUUUCCCAUUCUGCUCAUUUGUAGCCUGUAUUCCCAGCUACAUUUAUAGCUGGAAGGUGCGAGACAAGAGUUUCAGGCUCCUGUAUUCCUCUUGUGUUGUGCUGCAUGGAUACAAGGUCCCCCUCCCACACUGAGACCAGACACUUGUGAUGUUCCUAGUCACCUCUCUACAAAUCUCAGAGGCAGAGGCAGCCUUCUGGGUGGAAACUUUGACAUGCUCUUCUGCAUGGAUUUGGGGACUUUCCCAAAUUCCAGGUCAUAAAUUUCAGGGAGCUGUGUGGGGAAAAAAAGAAAGAAAAAAAAGACACCAUUUUCGAUCUGUGUCCCCAAGCACAGAGAGAGAAUGCCCAGAAAUACCACCUUUGCAGAGGCAAAGGCAGUAUAGACACCUUAUCUGCAGCAAUUUUCUAGAUGGCUGCUUGUUGAAGCUUUACUCAGUGUGGAUCUCCAGAAACUCUGGGGUGCCACAUCUGCUCUGAAAGGGCAGUUCUGAAGUCCACACUUCACCAGUGUUGCCAGAGCAUGAUUGAAGCUCCUCAGCAUGUGCUUCUGGUGUCAGCUGCCCAGGCUGCCAGGAAGGGCAAGCUGAAAAAGCUGUGUCAGAAAUGUCUUUGAAAUAAGUGAUCUCUAGCUUAUAGAGAGUGUUAUUUAUAGCAUAUAUUUGUGCAGUUUGCCUUCGCUUCUCCUUGCUGAGCUCUCCCAGCAGCAUAGGUAUGGCUUAGUGAACUGCUCCACCUGGGGUUUCUGAGCAUUUGCUCCAGGAAGAAGAGGCUUGUCCGCCUCCAGAGAAACUGUAUUCCUCAAGCUACAGACCACUGCACGGGACCAUUUCCCACAUGGCUGAUGUUACUGAAGACAUUCAGAAAACCAGUGCCAUCCUGCCCUCAGUGCCGGGGGAAAUUAGAAAUGCUGGCUUCCCUUUCCACAUAAACUGUACUGCUUGGGAAACCGCCCUUGGUUUCUGUCAUGGGCUGCAUCUCUCCCUUGUGACUGCAGCAGCCUCAUACUGGAGUGUCACUGCUUCAUUGGGAAGAGGCUAAUUUAAAUGAGAGUUAGGAGGAGAGAUGUGUCUCUUGCCCUGGAGAGAUGUGUCUGGAAGCCCUCUGUGAAGGUCAGCUCUCCUGUUGGCAGCAUCCAGCUCAACAGUGAAAGGAGGCCAGCUCAGCCCUGCCUGCACGUAGGUACCUUCCUCAUUUGUUUUGUUAGCUGCAUUGAAGCUUUAUGUUAAUUAUUUAUUAGAUCACUUUCCUUAACAAGCCCAAACUACAGCUUUCCCAGAGGCUGUACUGUUGACCUGACUUUGCUGCUGUGGUCAAAAGGAGCAAAUGUAGGCCAGCACAAAGUGCUUCUGUCAUUCCCUUUGAGUAAUGAAGUAUUCUGUAAAAGUUAUAAAUUGUUAAACAGUAAGGGACCUACCAUGGCAUCUGCUGUUAAAGCUGUGCCAGGAAUCAUCUGGAGUGCAUGCAUAAGGUGUAUUUGGCCUGAGGAAAAAGUACGUUUCUUGGCAAUGCAUGUUUUAGAAAUGCCGCAUAUUACAAGAACAUGAGUUUUCUCUGACAUAAACCUUUGCAACUAGCAGCCUCUCUGCAGCAGUGGUCCUGUCUGUAAUUCACCUAUACUAGACCAGCACAGCAAGAUGCAUUUUGCUCAAGCAGACAGGGUUUCAUCUUUGCCUUGGGCAAUGUGAAUAUCCUUGUUUAACCACUUAGCAGCUAGCCAACUGCUAUGGAGACAUGUUGGAUACAAAGUCCUUUGUCUUCCCAGAGCCUCUUGCUGGGAAAACGGUGAUCUGCAGUUCCCUGUCUGUGCUGCUUCACAAGGCUCGUGCUAUUGACAGUGAUAGUCUUAAGUCACCUACACACUUAGGAAUACUUGGUGCUCAGUGCUGUCAAGUUCAGAAAAACUGUAGGAUGAGAACAGUGGUGGAUUUUAUUUUAUUUUUGUUUUUUUAAUGUGUACAUAUUCGUGACAACUAUCCUCUUACUUGAGGCUAGGGUUAUAACAUGGAUAAAAGAACAAAGUUUUCUGGCAGUUUGAAAACUUUAAAAUCAAUACUCUCUGUGUGAGGUACAAUCUGAGGCUUACAGUACGUGGUGAAUGUGUUUAAGUGAUGCCUAUAGAUGUGUGUUUGUGUUCCAUAGGUAUAGUAUGGCUUCUAUGACUCAACACUCCAGAGCCUGCUGUUCUUUUCUGAGGCUUAUUUUGGUCAAAGCACUUAAGAAGCUACCAACUUUGUUAGGAUGCUUGUUCUAAUUGUUCUCAAAAUAAGUUAAAGAGUCAUCAGAGCUUUUGCAGAGUUAGGCUAUCCCUUGAGCCGUGCCUUGGUCUCCAUUGUGUUGCCCACCAGGGGCUGUGUGUAGCUGAAAGCAAAGGCAUAUAUCUGAGAGUCUAAGCAAGGAUCACUGGGUUCUAUUUUCUGCUAGCACAACACUGGGUUAUCUCCCCAUUUCUGUUAGCAUAUGUAUCUACUUCUGAAUCUACUUCUGAAAAUCACACUCUGAAGAUCAAAUAUACAGCUUUACUUCUGAAGUUGUUGACCUCACUCUGUGAAAAUUCAGCAAAAGGGCCUCAUGUCCAAAAUCGUGUCCAAGCAGGACAGGUGCCUGUGAUGUCUCCUUCAGACAGAGUCAUACAGCAGUAGUGAGGGUUUCUUUCUGCGACUGUACAGAUUUCAAGAGGAAUGUUUUUUUCGUCAGUGGGGAGAAGAAGAGCAACAGGAUUAAAAUAUCACUGUAAGGCUUCUUGCUUGACUCCCAAAGGUUUCCCUUGUGAUAUUUAAGGAACUUGUUAAGAAGUUGCUGGGCUAAGUAAAGGCAUAAGGAAGUCCAGUGGAUUUUCCCAUUUGCUCUAGCUAGUGCAACACUAGGACUAUCUGCAUUAUCCUAGGAAAGAAGGAGCAGAGCCAGAGGGUGGGAUUCUUACCUGAAGUCAUAGAACUCUUAUCAUGCUGUUAGCUAAAAGUAUUUGAGCAGCCUUUGUGAAGUUAUGUCUGUAUGCUUCACUGGACCAUGGUCAGAGUGUUAGUGUCUUGCAAGACUGAGAUGCAAGUUGACUGCAGCGGAGGGUGAAAUUAAGAGGGACAUCCUCAUCAUCUUCCUUUGGAUCAGUUGUAAUCCUUUUCAGGCACCAUACACUCCCUCGGGUUACUUGCUUCUCUUGGUGAUGCAGAGAGAUGAUGCAGUUCAGAAAAAGCAUCUAACUAACAGUUACUGUUGAAUAGUACCCCGAUGGGAACAGUAACCCUUGGCAGCAGUAGUGCAAAGACUGUCUUACACGUGCAUACACGCACAUGGUGGAUCUCUUUUGUGCAGACCUAACUUUACUGGGCCUAAAAGCAGUCCUUGCAAGAUCUUUCCUCUUGGUGGCUUCCUGUCCCUUUUGCCAAGUGUAGGAACCUUCUUUCUAAUACUGUUCAACUCAGUUUACUCUCAUCACUGACUCAAUGGAGUGUUCUUCAUGCGACACACUGGAGACGCAGUCCCGGUCUCACUGCUCUGUGGUACUUCUUGGCUCUGCUCUGAGGCAGCAUUGAGGUAAUCGCUAUCUUUUCCAGCAGUGUGAAAUUUUGCUGCUCUGACUCUUGGUGUGGUCCGGUUUGAGGCUGUCUUACCACCAGGGCACUCCUUCCUGUCCCUGGGUGCGUUCAUUGCCAGAAAAGCACAUUCCUCCUUGGUGGUCAGAGUCAGAGCUGUGCUGACUUAAAUCCUGGUUCAUGGGAGACAUUUCCACGUGCUGCUGAUGUCCACAAGGACUCAAACAUGUAUUGCUUAUACAGAGAUGGUUUCCUGAAGCAGAGUUGUCGCUCUUUUCUACAGGUACCACAGGAUGCCCUCCCUUAUUCUGCUUCAUGUAACUGGUACUAGAAUGAUCAUUUCCUGAUAAAUGAAGGCACUUAAUCAGUCCUCUUCUCUGUGGAAGAAGGACUUCUGGGGAUAUUGUUAUAUCAUUUAAAAUAAUAUUUUGGAAUUUAAGUUUACAUUGCUUUAUUUUUCACUUGAGGUGACUGUAUAUAAAUAUUUUCCUCUAUUUUAUCAUUGCUGAUAAAGUAAGCCUACGGUAUACAGACAAAUAAUUUGCCUUUGAUGUAUUGAAACUGUGAGAUAUAAAGUAGAAUUCUCUCUUGUGUCCAUGUUCCUGACUAUUACUCUGUUCCUCUGUGUUUUUAUAAUCUGGAAUAAGUGUUGCUUACGGGCAACAGAGAGCCUGCAAGCUUCCCAAUAAUUUUUAUGUAAUUGAACUCAAGCAACCCUAGUGAAGGAUCUCACAUAUGUAUAAUGAUAUAUGUAUAUGUACAAACUUUAGAAAGAAAUAAACCAAAUGUAUUUCAUCUUC